AUGGCCUCACCAAACGUUGACCCGGGCGCAGAGCGCCUACCCGAAUAUCAUGAACUGACCAGCCCGCGGCAGGCCAAACUAGACAGCAUCAGACUGAGAACACUAAGGGGAAAGCUCUAUCUGUUUAGCCUCGUCGGUGGCUAUCUCGCUUUUGCAAUUACCCCCUGGGUCCUCCUCUGCCUCGUUGGCCGUGGACCCAUCUACGUGGGUAAGAAAGAUUUCGCUAGUAAUUACAACGAGGUCCGGCCAAUGCGCGACGCUUCGUGGGUCUCGGAUAUAGUCAGGACUGCUUCAAUACUGGCCGCCAUCGCUUCUGCGCUGACAAUACCGACGGUUGCGUCUGUUUGCACUUACGCUUCUGUGGCAUUUACUCAGUACCACGCAAAGGGACCGAAACUGUCGCUGAGGCAGACAUUGGCACUUGCAAACCAGGAAUGGAUGAGCCCUCUCAUGCCCGUUAUUCUGUUGGCACCAACGCUCCGCCGCCAACACGGCAGUGGGUUCCUCUGGUUCGCAUGCUUCUUCACUUUGCUAGGCCUUGUAGUUUGGCCCGUUCAGCAAGGAUUACUAGAGCCGGUAACUACCACGAGAGUUGCUUCCGAAUACUCUUCGAAUUUUGAGUCAAAUCGUUAUUUGGUCGACAUCCCGCACCUGUUCGCUUCGGAGGGCUAUGACAGUAACUUAGAUGUCGUCAGCCUACGUCAAGCCAUGGAAACAGGCUCGUCUCAGACGUGCAAUCCCCGACUUUGGUGGAACGGCACGGCAGAGGAUCAUGCCAAUUGGCAGCAGAAAUGUACUGGCAACUCUGCUGGGUUUAACAGUUGGUUCGAGGAUCGUAAUGACGAACCGGUUCAAGAGCACUUUUGGGACCCAUCACAGGUCUUCAUGGCUGAAAUUCCCUUCGGAUACAACACGGGAUUCAAGCGGGCGUACAUACCUCGAUUCAACACGAGCAUUGACUACGACAACAUAACCAUGAGCGACACUGCACCCGACGGCUGCUUCACGGACGAGGACGACUCCAAUUUCAUCAAGUUCGGCUACGAUUACGUGGACGAAGAGGAUUCUCAUCUCGACUGGCAUGUCCGGACUUGCAUGUCCAGCAGUGCCUUGAAAACGCCGAUAAUGAACGGCACUCGGGACCGCCAGGACUUUGAAGAGGUCUUCUACCUCAACAUCAGCACAGCCAUAAGUUGGAAGGAGUACCACGCUUCGAACAUUUUCAGGGUCAGAGCCCGGACGACCAUCGGCUACUUCGAGCUUCCGAACAACUACAACGACGGCACCCACGGCCCGCUGCUGGACAAAUUCCCCUCAAUACCAGACGACGACGACGAUAGCACCAUCGAUGCCUCUUACAAUGACCCCACCUUCUACACCAACAACCGCGACAGCUACGGCGAACAAGACGGCUUCCCCACCGUCCUCGAAUACGUCAACAACAAAGGGCCCCUCGCCCUCAUCUACGCCUCCCUCUUCGGCAACGCCUCCUUCCCGGCCCAAUGGUCCGACCGCGCCUACACCACCGCCAUGGCCCGCGCCGCCGACGGGCCGUCCUUCCCGGCCACCUGCGCCGCCUACGCGCCGCUCGGCCACCUCUUGGGAUCCCGCGGCGUCUGCACCUCCUUCUCGGGCCUGUGCUUCGCCAGCAGCUCGUCCAGCUACAACGUCCUCGACUGCGUGCGGCCGCGGAGGCACUUCAACACCACGACCGGCGGCAGCGACGGCGACCGCCCGCACCCGGUCGGCGUGUGGCUGAGCACCUUCGUCAUCGACACCGCUCGUAGCCGUGGCGGGGCGAGCGCCAUGCGCGGCGCCCUCCGCAUGGCCGCGUUUUUUGCCAACGAGAUCCGCGUCACGCACGCGGAGGACGCCUCGAAGCGGCUGCGCAUCGCGCCCGACCCGGGCGUCGACGGCGUCGUCGGUGCGCCUGUCGUGCCGUUUACGGGCCUCGUCGUCGGCAGCGUGGUGCUUGGCGUCUUCGUCGUGCUCUUGCUCGCGCUGACGCUGUUCGCGGCGCUCGUGCCGCGGUGGACGGAGCGGCUGGAUGCGACGGCGGCGAUGCGGGUGGGUGCUGCGUUGGCGGCGAUGGUGCCAUCGAACGAGGGUCCGGGGGGGUUGGCGAGCUUGAAGAAUAACGGGUGGCAUUUGAGGGGGUCGAAGACGCGGGGUCUGGAUGCGGCGCCGGGUUUCGUCGGGGAUGCGGUGCCGGAGGGGGAGAUGGGGAGGGUGGUGGUGGGGGCAGAGGCGCCGCUGAGGUGGGGGAGGAGGUAUGAGGGGGAUUUGUUUGGGGGGGUGAGGAUGGGGUGA